UCAACGGACAACCCCCAUAAUUUGGUCAAAACUAUUAAAAAUUAAUCUACGUUAGGUUUAAUAAGCAUUGAUUUACCCUAAGCCGUGCCUAGAAGGUUAAAGUUUUGAAAAAUGGUGUUUUAAAGCUUUCUGCAUUGUUGCCGCCGGGUUAGUUAGGUAGACAAAAUGAAAAGAUCUUGCGUUUGAAUAUUAGUUGCUAUUUAUUAUAUUUAAAUAUAUAUUUACACUUAUGAAUGAUUUUACGAUCUUACUACCAAGUACAUUUUUUUUUUAUAUUUUAAAAAGAAAACAAAAACAAUGUGUAUGGUUAUUCACAGUACGAGAUACAUAAUUGCGAUUGGUUGAAAAAUCGGAGGCUGUGGCAUCAAUGAAAAAGAUUAAAGCAGUAGGACCAGAUGAAGUGCCAGUAGAAGUAUGAAAAAUAUUAGGCAGUAUUAAAAUAAGGUGGUUGAAGGAACUUUUAAAUAAAAUCUUAUUAGAAGGGAAAAUACCAAAUGAAUGUAGGAAUAGUACUGUGGUGCUGAUAUUUAAAGGUAAAGGUGACAUACAGGAGUGUGGAAAUUAUAGAGGCAUAAAGCUUAUGACUCAUAGUAUGAAAAUUAUUAUUAUUUUAUCGUAUUAUAAGCAUAGACAAUUAUUUUGAUAGGGGAAAACAGAUGGCGAAUAAAAUAGAUAACACUAGUUAGUUUCCCAAGUGGCGUCGAGCCGUUUAAUGAAAAAAAAAAGAAUUGUAACACAAAAGAAUAUAUGAGAACCAAAAGUAACAAUAAUACUAAUAUGGAUCUGUCGACAGAAUGACAAAAAAAUGACCGAAACUGCAGUGGCGGAUUUGGUUGGGUUCGUGGACGGUGCAAUCAACGAGAUAAGUGUCACGAAGAUGACUGACUGGACUUAUUAUUGCGGCGAGUAUUCGACGCUAAGCAUUUAUUGGACUUUACACCACGACGAUAACGAGUGUGUGUAACGGUCCGGUUUACAGUGGAGCGGUGGCUGAGAAGGAGCUGAUACGACCGCGGGGUGUCAAACGUGUGACAACGCCGUGACCGUGUCAAUUUGUUUUCCUAAUACUUCUGCAACAUAGACGAUUUCGCUGUACAACCAGAUGAACAAUUAAUGAUGAUGAAAACUAUAGCACCAAUCAAUCAACCGACCGUUAAUGAAUUCAAUAUAAAUAACGACAGUUUCUGUCAGUCAUUACACAAUUUAAGACGAUCGGAUUUAAAAAAAAUGUUUUCUAAUAAUAUCAACGAUUUGGAUGUCCCAGUCUCUCUUGACACUUAUCGAGUUUAUACAUGUACAAUGCCUAUUGUACCCGAUACUAAUCAAUUAUCACACAACAAAAUGUCUUUUGGAUUGAAAAUUACAAAGUUUUUUAAAAAUAUAAUCAUACCAAACUGUCCUAUGUCUUUCAUGACAUACCUUGCUGAUGAUAUAGAUGACCAGAAAAAAAAAAAUGAUUUAAAGAGUUCUACUAAAAAAUUCAGAAUUAGUGAAUUGCCAAUUUAUUCAGAGGAAAAUAAAUGCCCACAAGAUGAAGAAAAAACGGACAAUAAUUCUAUAAAACUUUCGAUGGAUGACCCAAAAAGAAUCGCUAAAAUCAUUAAUGAUACUAUAACAAAUGUAGGCAAUAAAACGAUAAAUUUCAAAAAUAAUAUUUACUUCAAAAUUGGCGAAAUAAAAGACAACAUUGAUGAAUAUCGUAAAGAAUUCCUAGAAAAGUUAAGAGCAGAAGAAAAUUUACAUUUAAGAUGCGCAUUUAUAAUGACUGGCGGUGUGACAGGUGUCAUAUUAGCUCUGCGACGAGGGAAGUUUAAAAAAACCUUAUACAGCACACUUGGUACUAUAUCUACUACUGCACUUUGUUAUCCAGAUCAAGCCAAAAAAGCUUAUCAAAUGACAAGACAUGGAAUUAAAAUGGCUUACUAUAAAUUUAAUGGAUUUGACUUAUCUGAUCACUAUGAGAAAAAUGAUCCAAAAGUUAAAAUUAUAAAGAAUGAACAAAUCACAUUAGAAGAUGAACUUAAAGAAAUAACUGAACGACUUUUUUCAAAAAAUGAAAAUUUCAAUAAUACUCCACAUGAAAAUGAUAAAACUGCAUUGAAGAAUCAAGAUCCUGUAAUUAUAUUUAAGAGAAAAGUGUUUCAAAAUGGUAAUGAAGAUGCAGAUUCAUCAAAUCCAAAUAGAAAAUGAUACUUAAAUUAACUAAUCAGAUAACAAUUCAUUAUCACUAAUAUGUGCAUUUCUAUCAAAAAUUAUUUACUUUGCUAGAGACAUUUUCUAAAUUUACAUGAACUUAUAAAUUGUAUUUAUCAACUAUUAGCUUCGAUACGUAGCUGUUAAGCUUAAAUUAUUUUUUUCCAUUAAUUACUAUUCCUAAAUAGCUUAAAGUAAUUUUUUUAUUAAAUCAGUUAACCCAAUUAUAGUUAGGAUAUUAAAAUUAUUUUUAAAACAUCUAAAUUAUGUACUGAUAGUAUCUCCUGUGUGCGAGUACUUUCGCACGCCAG